AUGGCAAAGAAAGUUGGGAGUAGAAAAGAUCGUCUUGUUAACAAUGUGAUCGCAAACGAAAAGGAAGACCAUCUGCUGAACUCGAAGCUUGCGGCUCUUGACUUGCAAAAACAGAAGGAAAUGGUGCGUUGGGAGACGGAGAAAAACAAACUGAGCUUACCAAGUCUCAAAGCAAAUGGUAGAAUUUCACCGACCCCUCCAUCUUCCCCGAACACAUCUCCAACACGUAGCCCUGUAUUACAGCGACGGAGAAGCGAUCUGAUAGCCUCAGAAACUGCGUUGAGACCUCAUAGCCAAAUGAUGAUCAUGACUGAAGGUGUUUGUUUGCGUAGAUCCAAAUCCUCACAAGACAUCAGGCUUAGCGCUGGUCCAAAGCCUCCUCCCUAUCCUGUUUGCGGACGUCCAGGAGCUGUAAGUCCACGACUUCUUCAUAGGAGAUCGACAAUUGCUCAAAGCCGUCUGCACGACGAGGAAAUUGCUCUCAGACAAGCCUGCGCGGAAAGACGAUUCUCAGCUGGAGUUGUCCCUUCCAUUCGCGUGGAAGAAAGCGCGGAAUCCCUCCAUGAAAAAGUUAAGAGAUUCAACGAAAGUCUACAAAAAGCAAGCAAGGAAUCCAACCGAAGCGAGAGCAGCACGAACUCAGGUGACGACGACUCACCACCGACCGAAGAGUUGUUGAUCCCACUUAAACCUGUCACUUUCAGGUCGAAGUCAUUACCGAAUAUAGUUCCGAUGCCCGGCGAGAAAUCGGCAGAAAAUAUGACUUUUUACGAAGACAUGAAGAGAUGC